AUGUUUUUGAUUAACUCAGUCGUCAGAGUUAAUACAAAGGGACUCGCUCGCCGAGUGGCAGCAAUUAGAAAGUUUCAGCAGGACAUUGCGAUGUCGUGGAGAGGAAGAGACGAGCGUACAUCCCGCUGGGGUGAGAACAGGGCCCGAUCUCCCGUGUGGGAGAGUCGCCGCAGCGCCAGUCCAGAUAGGAGUAGGCAGACCUCACCGAGAGACCGUCAAAGGGACCGACGCGACCGUCACGAUAGAUAUGAUCGUGAUCGGGAGCGUCGUGAUCGCGAUAGGGACCGCGAUCGCGAUGUGGAUCGCCACAACCGUCGCGACCGCUACGACAAACCGCGCGACCGUGAGAGAGACAGGCGCCGAUCGCCUCGUCGCUACGACGAUAAGGAUGUGCCGGCUCCUCCAUCACCGCCAACGAUCAGCGGCGAUGUUGACAAACAUGCCGAGUCCCAUUCCAGCAGCCGCUCUGAAAGCCACGAGAGACAAGACCAUCAUGUAGACAACUAUGAAAAUAAAUACGAAAGAGAGAAUAAGCAUGACGACAACCAAACAGUGAACGCCACUCCUGGCGAUUGGUUUUGUAAGUGCGGCUCAUACAACUUUAAACGGCGUCAAAUCUGUUACAGACGUAAUUGUCAAGGUAAAAGAUCUGAGGGUGUGGUAUAUGGCGGGGAUAACGAAAGAAAUAUUAGCACUGAAUCAAACUCGGGUAUAACAAAGCGAUUGUUAUUCAGAAGACUUGAUGCACUAACAACUGAAGAAAAAAUUUUAGAGGAAAUCAAAGAAAGAUGUUCUAAAUCAGUUUUAGAUUCUAUAGCUGGAAUAACCAUUGGUAGAGAAACAUUAACGGGAGCUUCAAAGUGCCUUGCUUAUAUUAAUUUUAAUUCUAUAGCAGAUUCCACUGCGGCUCACUCAGAAUUAAUAUCUCUUGAUCCCCCAUUGAAUAUAGAUGGACGUGAAGUUUUAAUAACAUUUUAUAAUGAGCCACAGAAAGUACAAAAACCUUCCAAUUCUGACUAUUCUGCUUACUAUGCACAAAUGGCAAAUUACAACUCUCAAGCACUAUCAGAGGCAGACAGAGUUAAUGCUGCAGCAGCCGUUGCACAAUCAGCUAUAUCUGCUGCACAAGCUCGCCAGAUGGCAUGGACACCGGUCUCUGUGCCAGUAUUUGUUUCUUCCUCUGCCCAAGCCACACCAUCUUCUAACAUUCCUACUGGAGAUGGAAAAACUGUGUUUACACCACCUGAUGUCAGAACAUUCAUGUAUGACGAGACUUCUGGUUAUUAUUAUGACCCUGCAACUGGUUUGUACUAUGAUGGUAACACUCAGUAUUUUUACAAUAGUCAAAUAAAUCAGUAUAUGUAUUGGGAUUCGACCACUUCUACAUAUAUAGCUGCUUCUCAAACACAAACAAACACUGACCAACCUAAAUUACAAAAUCCUCCCCAUCCAAGUAGUGAUAAUACUAUAACUAAAGAGCCGGAAGAAAAGAAAAAAAAAGAAAAAGAAGAUAAGGUGAAAGUUGCUAAAAAAAUAGCAAAAGAUAUGGAAAGAUGGGCUCGGACCCUUAAUCAAAAGAAAGAAAAUGCUAAGAGUAAUAUAGUCAUGGAACAACCCCUAGAUACUGGAGCUAGUAUAGGCUCGGCAGAUAUAGGAUUUUCAGUUUUAGGAGCAGGGCCAUCUCUGACACAAACACAUGUGAGAGAACUCUCACCUCCUCCAGUCUCAACUGAUGAAUUUCUUGUAAAAAAAACUGAAAUGAGCAUAUUUGAUACUGAUGAGGGAAUUAUAGAUUGGUCCAAACUGACAUGCCUGAUAUGCAAACGAAAGUUCCCCUCACUUGAAGUUCUGACAAAGCAUAAAACAUUGUCAGAUUUGCACAAGCAAAACUUGGCAGAGCACAGAAAGAGGAGUGAACUCCUGCCACAAACAAAUGGUUACAGAGAUAGAGCUGCAGAAAGACGCAUGAAAUUUGGAGAAGAUGAUCCUCCACCGAUUAGAAAGCGGUAUGAACCCCCUGAAGUACAUACACCAGUGAUGUCUCACCCUCCCCCAUCUGUGGUAGACACUAUUGGGGGUAAGAUGUUACAAAAAAUGGGUUGGUCAGAGGGUCGAGGACUUGGCAAAGAGGAACAAGGCAGAAUAGCUCCUAUAGAAGCUGAACAGAGGCCAAGUUUAGCUGGAUUGGGACAGAAAAGAGGCAUAUACACACCAACUCCCGGCUUAACUUAUCGCGAUACUGUAAAAAAACUCAUGAUUGCAAGAUAUAAAGAAGUUGUCGGCCAAGAGGAAGGAAAUAAA